GUGACACAAUUUGACAUCUCAAAACGACCGUUAAUCAACAAACACCAAGAAUCGAGAAUUUCAAGAACUUUUAUCUUUCGAAAAUCUUCUUGAAUUCUCGCAUCUCCACAAAGACUCAUCUUAACAUAACCUUAAAAAAAACUAAGAGACAUACCAGAUCAUCAAAGCAAUCAGAAGUCCUCAAAAAGUAGUGCAAAAAAGAAUUUUUUUAAUAGCUUUGUUGAUUAUCUGGCUAUAAAUAUAAAAUAUAUAUUAAUAUUAUACAUAGUGUGAGAAUGAUUGAAGUAAACAUGACCCGCAGCUAUAUACAAAAAGUCAGUACAGAAGUGAAUGUGCAGUGCGAGGAUACUCAGCUCAGUUCUUGUCAUUGUGAGAGGAGAAAAAUGAAAAUAAAUCGAAAAAAGUCAACAAAACUUUUCAGUCAUAAAUUCCUGCUUAUUUUUCUCAUUGGAUUUGUGUCCUGCGUCCAUAGUUUGUCAUAUGCUGAGACAUCGUCAGUAAGCAGUAUUCAAAUGAAGAAAUUUGUUGAGGAUUCACAGGAUGUGUCGACAACGAGUGAGGAUGAUGAUAGUGAGGAAUUUGAUGAUUAUGAGACGCCGCAUCAGCGGGAGGAAGUAGCAAGGAAAUAUCAGGAACAGUCAAUAAAAUAUGAAACUCUUAAAAAGUCACAGAAUAGUCAUGAAAAUGUACAUCAUGAGAUUCAUGAGCUUCCAACUCCAACAACAAAUUCACCAUCAAAAUGCUCAGGAUCGUGUCUGGACAGGCAAGCUAAAGAAACUGAGGCACUUGAUGCAUUCAAAAAGACACUUCUUAUGAAGCUUGGCAUUGAAAAGCCACCAAAUGUGACAAAGGCAUACUCAGUGCCUGAACAUAUCCUCGAAGGACUUUGUAAGAAAAUGAAUAUGCCAAUUGAAUAUUGCACGAAUAAACAGCCAAAUUAUAAAAAUCUUGAAUAUCAAUCGGAUGAUCCCAACAGUUAUGGACAAGAUCAUAUCAUUGAGCAAACUGAGGAUGUGCAGUACAAUGCUGUUGAGAAUAGAAUUUAUGCUUUUCCUAAAUCCGCAUCGAAAGCUCGCCAUAAAAAUUAUUUAAAAUUCACGUUCGAUGAGAAUCAAGAGAAUAAUAAUGCGGUCGUGCAUGCAUCAUUAAACAUUUUUCUAAACAGCCGAAAAUUUCUCAAUUCUAAGAACAUUCCCAAUGACUUGACGGGAAUUGACAUUGAGAUUCAUCAGACAUUAGAGACUGGACGACAUACGGCAUUAUUUGAAGUAUUUCCAAAUUAUACGAUACCAGAUGCAGGCGAUGGACAAUAUGUGCAACUUAAUGUGACUACUUUGGUGUCUAAAUGGUUCCAUUCACAUAAUACUACUCAUGGGAUUGUGAUUAAAAUUAAAUCAUCGGUGGACGGGUCAGCGCUGUCGCAUAAUUUUGUAUCGCUUGAUGGUGGAAAUAAUCUUAAGCGUCCAUACCUCGACAUUCUUCCACGAGAUCAGCGCAAAAGGCGAACAAAACGCAGUCAUCUGAUUUGUCCAAAAGACAGCACGGAGCAUCGAUGUUGUCGACAUCCAUUAACAGUAGAUUUCGAAAAGUUCGGAUGGGAUUGGAUUAUCGCACCGAAACGAUACGAUGCAAAUUAUUGUGCAGGCGAGUGUCAGAUAGCAUUUAUGCAAAAGUACGCGCAUACGCACGUCGUGCAGCUAAGUACGGCAGCGAAUCCCUGCUGUUCACCUCGUAAAAUGUCAUCAAUGCAACUUCUGUAUUUUGAUGCAAAUUUAAACAUUAUUCUUGGUACAAUUCCGCACAUGAUUGUUGAGGAUUGCUUUUGCUCGUAAACUACUUUAUUUCGUGUACAAAUUGAAAUUUUUUUUUCAUUAAUUUUAUUAUAUUAUUUUUUUGUGUGUGUUUGUCUCUCUUAUAAGAUUUAUUUUAUUUCUUU